AUGGCGGAGUUGUUCAUCAAGCAAGCGGCGGAGUACGCAAAGACGAGGCCGAGCUACCCGAAACAACUCUUCGAGUUCAUAGCUUCCGAGACUCCUUGCCACGACGUCGUUUGGGACGUCGGCACCGGUAGCGGCCAAGCCGCCGUAUCCCUCGCCGGAAUCUACAAGACCGUGAUCGCCACCGACACGAGCGCCACCCAGCUGGACCACGCCCCGAGGCUCCCGAACGUCCACUACCGCCGCACUCCGCCGGUCAUCCCACACGCCGACCUCCCGCUCCACAUCGCCGGCGAGUCCACCGUCGACCUAGUCACCGUCGGUCAGGCCCUCCACUGGUUCGACCUCCCGGCAUUCUACAAACAGGCCCAUUGGGUCCUGAAAAAGCCCCACGGCGUGAUCGCCGCGUGGUGCUACUGCGAGCCGGAGAUCGACCCGGCGGUCGACUCGGUCCUCGACUCGUUCUACGCAGCGGACUCGGCGCCGUACUGGGACCCACUGCGGAAGCUGGUCGAGGACGGUUACCGCGGCGUUGACUUCCCGUUCGAGGCGGUGGGGGGAGCCGGAGAGGGCGACACGGGGCCGUUUCGGUUCACGGCGGAGCAUGCGAUGGAUUUGGAAGGGUUUUUCAUGUACGUGAGGUCGUGGUCGGCGUACCAGACGGCGAAGGAGAGAGGGGUGGAGCUGUUGGGAGAUGCCGUGGUGGAGAAGUUCCGGCGUGCUUGGUGUAAUGAUGAGAAUGGAGAUGGUGGUGGAGAGGAGAAGGUGAAGGUGGUCAGGUUUCCUGUUUACCUCAGGAUUGGCAAGGUUGGGAUGGUGAAAUUGUGA